UGGAGGCGUGCUACCGAACCCGUAUGUUCCACUAGGAACCCAAGGGACAUAUAAUAAUAUAAUAAUUACCGAGUUAAAAUGCAACUGUACAGCUUGCUAAUGAUGUCGUUUAAAAGAAAUGCUUCUUCUUAGCUGACACAUGUCUCGUACUUACAUAUCAGUUGAACAGUGUAGCACGUUGAACCGAUUUCGUCUGUUCGACAUCAGUUAUGUUUUGGACAAUACACUACUUAGAAUAUUCAACGCUUAGCUUCAGUUUCUAGCAGGUUUGUAACACUUACAGAUGCCGAAUCACUGCCUACCUUGACGCCCAAUAUUAGCUGAAGUUAGAUUGAAUAGCCUAAUCCAUGUAGGAAGGUGUCGACUGCCUGGUUAGGGCGCCUUGAAGACGAUAGGAAUCAGCAAUUGAGGACUCUUGAAGACAUAGCUGAAGAUCGGUGACAAUGUUUUUUCCAAAUGCUUACUCAUCUAUAGCACUUUUAUCUAUUUUCGUUGAGUCUCUUUUGAUACAUCUACUGAUUGCUGAGUAAUCUAAAUGGAAAUCUAAGAAUUCUGUGAUAGUCUUUGUGUUCCUGCAUUCAAUAUUUCCGAACCUUCAAGGUUGGAUUCAUGUUCAUAGUUUUUCUGCAUAUAUUGAUGUGUAGAAUCAAAUAUCGUGAUGUUUAAUUGCUAUUCAGUGUUCAUAUAGUUUGUAUUUCUUUGAAUGUUACCACUUUUAGUCUGUUUAAUACAGUUUGAAGGGGAUUUAUUAGUUUAUGAUCCUUUAGGAAGGUGGUAGAGUAUUUUUUUAGUCAAGUUAACUGGUUUUAACUACUAGUAUACGUGAGUCCUAUGUGAUCCUUUCUGACUGAUCUUAUUCACUGAUUAUUGCGGUCUUCAAGAAAGACAAGAAGUCCACAGGAAAAUCAGCCUGAUGAACAUAGUGUCCAAGAUUCUAUAAUCUGGUAAAACAAAGCCUAGAAGAUCAGGCAGGCUUUAGACUGAAAUAUUCAUAUUGCUCCGGGUUCUGGAACAUAGGUACGUUUAUCGGCGCCCGAAAAUAGUUAUAUCUCUCGACGUGAAGGCGGCAACAUUCGACUCCGUUGAUUGAGAAAUUCUUAUGGCAGUGUCUCUCAUUGAAAGGGGGUACCGAGAAAGUACAUCACCCUAUAGAGUCUUUGGUGAGAUAUCGGGUGAAUAGUGUACGUCGAGUGCUGUCCCUUAAGGAUCCCCAUUCUCUUCAUUCCUGUUCAGUUUUAUCAUAUACAUUAUUAUUGAGAUCUCCCUCUCAACAUCUGACCACACAGGAACUGACCUUAUCACAAGAGAAUUUUCGGUAGACCUAGUGUACGCCGUUGACAUAGUCCCCUUAGAUGAAGACUGAUAAGGUGCGGAGUCUUCCUGACACCUUGAGAGAAUGUUUAGGAUGCGUUUUUCGCCACCCAAGCGCAAAUUAUUGCUCCAGGACAGACCUUCGACGGUAACCCGACUAACAAGAGAAAGUGAAGUGGUUGAACACUUCACUUAGGUAGGAAGUAGAAUCAUCCCUGGUGCAUUGGUCAGCGGUUGACAAAAUCUCUGGAUGAAUACAAAAGGCUUAGUUGGCUUUUCCCAACUUACACCAUCUCUAGCGCCGCGUCAUAUUCGUUUAUUAGAGUCAUUAAAGGUAUAAGACAUGAGAAGGCUUGAGAUAUUUGACGACUGUUGCCUUCGUGGCAUACACCAUAUAUGGUGGUAUCACCACGUGAGCAACAUAGAAGUCAGGUACCCGGCUAGGUCGGUGGGGUAGGUUUCGGCUGGAAAAAGGUUCGGGGUGGCCAGACUUGACAUCAAUGCAUGAAGUCUUUGACUAGUAGUUCGAACUAUGUAGGGUGAUUCGGACUGGUCUAUUUUUGUGGUAUUAUUAUUUGUCCUUUGGGUUCCUAGUGGAACAUAGGGCUUCAGUAGCACGUCGCCAUUUCACUCUCUCGUCUCUACAGUCUUUUCAACCUGGCUCCACAAAUGCCAAUAAGCUUCCAGUUCUUCCUCACACGAUCUCCUCCAUGUCACCCUCAGACACCCAACUCAUCGUUUUCUAUUUGGCCUCCACUCGAGGGCCUGACCUGGCCUGAUGCGUGAUGUCCACAAAUUGUCUUCUCAGUGUGUAUUCCUAGUUGCGUAUUCUUUCUGGCCAUCUCAUCCGAUUUUCAAUAUCGACCGAGUGUGGGCGGAAGCUGCUCAUUGAUGUCUACAGUUUGUUUGAAAUGCUUUUUGUGACAUGCUAAGUCUCAUAACCAUUACAUGGGAGCACUGACUUGACUGACAUUGAUGUUGCAAAUCCGGAUCUUGUUCAGUUUUUAUGCUGAGUGCAGUGCAGUGCAGUGCAGUAGAUCUGCACACUGAUUAUUUCAGACUGAUGAAGGAAGACCUAUCUCGGUGUCUUUCCAAUCCUCGCUUUCACAUCCUCAUCUGUGCCGCCACCUGUAGUUGAAAUGAUCCUGCCCAGGCAGAUAUGUAGGUGAAAGAGACUACAUCCCUUAGACUUAUUCCGCUGAUGGUGAUUGGUGUUUGUUGUUAUUGUUGGCUGGGUAUCUUCAUCCCCUCUGCCUUCUCUACGUUUGCCUGAAGGAAGUCGUGUCUUCCUUUGCUACCCUAUCUCUUCUGACAACUUGUUGGUUUUCGCCUGUAGAUCUUUGAAUUUCUGCAACAUAAGACAUCAAACAUAAAUCAUCACCAUUGGCGAAAUCGAAAUCCUCUGGGAUCAUUUCAUCAAUCCAGUCAGUGUAUGCCCAUCUUUUCGCUCCUCACAGUUAGUUUGUUGCAUGAUCCAAUUCAGUCUAGUCGACCACAAUGAGGAAGAUGAUCGAUGAUAGUAGACGGCAACCUUUCCUUACUCCUUCCUAUCUUCACCUCACUUUAAAGGCAUCAGUGAGCUUUCCAUUAUGAAUCACUUAGCAUGUAGCAUCACAUAGCAUAUAGAUGCUGUUAAAUGAGGUUGGUAAAGGUUUGUGGCACUCAUUGUGUAGUGUUGAAACAGUUGCCAAAUUACUUCACAGUCGACUCUGUCGAAGACCUUUUCAAAGUCAGCCCAUCAUAUCCUUCACUAUCGUUUAUUGGUUUCAUUUGUGUUGAACUUCUAUGGUAUAUUUAUCUUCCAUUCUCUUCACCCCUCGUUUUUUCUCAUUUAUCUCAAAGCAUAAAUACUAUCAUUAUAAUGUCUGAGAUAUCAGUAUCUACUGAUGAAGUUUUCAAUACUUUCAUCAAUAAUAUGCUUAAUUCAUCAAAGACUAUUGAAAUAAUUCAUCAUCAAGAUAUAAUGUUGAAUAAAUUUGAAAAGACAAAUGAAAUGUUACGUACUGUUACAGAACUCUCUGAAACAAGAUAUCGUAUACUGUUUACUGAAUUCACUGAACAUAUUAAAACAAUUAUAUUAUUAAAAAAAGAUAUUGAUAAUAUAUUUAAACGUAUACAAUUUAUUAAAAAAUUAUUAUCUAUACAUUAUCCAAAUGAUAUGCAUAAUGUUAAUGAACAGUUCUCUAGUAAAUAUUGUCAACAAAAAGAUGAGAUUAAUGAUAAUAGUAUAGAGAGAAGUUGUCAACAAACAGAUAUUGUUAUUCCACCUAUAAAGACAAUGGAAACUGUUCAUGAAGAUUUAUCUUUUGAAUGA